AUGCCUAUCGUCAAAGGAGGUGUCUGGACCAACAUCGAGGAUGAAGUGCUUCGGGCAGCUGUAUCCAAAUAUGGUCUCAAUCAGUGGGCUCGAGUCUCCUCCCUCCUCGCACGCAAAACACCAAAGCAAUGCAAAGCGCGUUGGGUCGAAUGGUUGGACCCUGGUAUUCGCAAGACCGAGUGGUCACGAGAGGAGGAUGAGAAGCUUCUGCACCUCGCGAAGCUGAUGCCAACGCAAUGGCGCACCAUUGCCCCCAUCGUCGGGCGCACUGCCACCCAAUGUCUCGAACGUUACCAAAAGCUCUUGGAUGAAGCUGAAUCUCGUGAAAAUGAUGAGCUUGGCCUUGGGGGCCCUGGCGAGGAGAGCGCCGCUCCCAGUGCGGAUGACGUCCGCCGUCUACGACCCGGUGAACUCGAUCCCGAUCCAGAGUCUAAGCCCGCCCGUCCCGACACAAUAGAUCUCGAUGAAGACGAAAAAGAAAUGCUGAGCGAAGCGCGUGCUCGUCUUGCUAACACACAGGGUAAGAAGGCCAAGCGCAAGGCCCGAGAACGCCAACUAGAAGAAUCGCGUCGACUGGCGGUUCUUCAGAAACGUCGCGAACUCAAGAAUGCCGGUAUCAACGUCAAGGUUGUCACCCGGAAGCCCGGCCAGAUGGAUUACAAUGCAGAUAUUCCAUUUGAGAAGCCAGCUGCUCCUGGGUUCUACGACACAAUCGAAGAGCAGAACCAAAAUGAGCGGCAACGGGAAGCUUUCGAUCCGCGAAAGCAGCAACUCGCAAACAAGAGAAAAGGCGAUCAAGACGAUGAUGCGGAGCGCAAGAAGCGCAAGAACGAUAAACCUAGCGCCAGCGCCGCUUCUGCUGCUGCUGCACGAGCGGGCCAGAUGCAGAAGAUUCGCGAGGCUGAACAAAGCAGCAAGCGUCGGGGUCUGAACUUGCCGGCACCGCAGAUCAGCGAAGGCGAAAUGGAAGAUAUCAUCAAGAUGGGAAUGGCCGGAGAAAGAGUCAAUCAAUUGGGAGACGAGGAAGAUAACCAAGGUUUCGUUGGAGAUUACUCGACUCUUGUCGGAGGAGCUCCUAUCAGGACUCCCCGCGCCGCCCCGGAGGACGAUCACAUUGCCAACGAAAUCAGGAAUAUUCGAGCUUUGACCGAAACUCAGUCUUCUCUUUUGGGAGGAGACAACACCCCUCUUCACGAGGGCGGUUCAUCCACUGGAUUUGAAGGAAUUGCUCCCCGAAGGCAGGAUAUCGUCACUCCCAACCCCAUGGCCACCCCAUUCCGCCAGGCUAAUGGCGUGGGUGCAACACCACUGCCUGGUCCCGGUGCUACGCCAUUGCGAACACCGCGAGACCAUCUAGCCCUAAACCGGGAUCAGGGCGGCCAGCUCAUUGGCAGCACACCCCGAGACAUCAAAAUGCACGAGAACUUCAUCCGCCAACAGAUGCGCAGCAAAUUAGCCUCACUUCCCAAGCCCAAGGCCACCGAUUUCGACUUGGAAGAUAUCCCGUCUGAAUCCGCCGAGCCCACCACAUCUAUGGAGAUCAGUGAGGAGGACGCAGCGGAGCGUGAUCGCCGCAACCAAGAGGCACGAGAGAAGGCCGCUAAGGCCGAAUUCAAGCGUCAAUCACAAGUAUACCAGCGCGGUCUACCUCGUCCUGCAACACUCGAUCUGGACGCACUGUUAGAACGUGCAUCCCACGUCACCGACACUAUCGAAGGCCUCAUCGCCAAAGAAGCCGCACUUCUAAUCGCAAACGACUCUCGCAAAUUCCCCAUCUCCGGCGCACAAGUCCAGGGCAAAGCACCAAAGCUGACCCCAUUGCAUGACCGGUACAUGGAUGCAGCACGAGCAUCUAUCGCCGCCGAGGUUGCAUCCAGUCAAGCACAGCAAUCAGAAUGGCAAGAGAAAUUCGACGAAGGCUGGUCAUCAGCUCGCGCUAAAUCACUUCCUGGUCUCGAGAAUUACGAGGACGACGAGCAGGAUCCAUUCCAGGAAGAACAACGCAUGAUCGGGGCUUUUGAUACUGUCCAGACCUCGCUCUUUGCAACUGCUGACCGUGGAAAUAAGCUUGAGAAGAAGCUGUCGCUGCACUAUGGCGGAUACCAGAACCGUGCUAAGACGCUGCGGUCGAAGAUCUUGGAGGCUGGUGCUGCUUUGCCUUCGGUUGUUAAUGAGUUGGAUGCUUUCCGUACACUUCAGAUUUCGGAGGAGGCUGCUCUGCCCCGACGACUUGAGAAACUCCGUGAGGCUGUUUCGUUUGUCCUGCGGCGUGAGCGGGAGGCUCAGGAUUUGUAUAAGAGCCGGAAAGAUGAACUUGAUGAACUUGUUGCUGGGACGGCGGGGACGGUCAAUGGGUGGCACUAG